CACUCCCUCCGCCCCUCGCCCGUCCUCGUGGUCCUCACUUCCUGCGGGCCGUUUACUGCAUCCAUGCUUGACACCUCGAUGCUUGCCAUCCAGGCUUGACACCUCGAUGCUUGCUGAUCCUGCCUGCCUGCCUGUCAGUUUUUUUUGUCUCGGAAGAACGAACAUCAACGAGGAGCCGGCGCCCGCUGAUGCCCCAGCCCAAAAGCAUGACUAAUCCCAGCCUAUCCCCUUCCACCUCCCGUGAACACUUCCAGGGCCCGCCUCCGUCCUCGGGGCCGCAGUUACAGUUGGUGCCUCUCAUCGGGAUCCCCCGCCGUCGCUCUCGCACCUCUUCCAACUGGCACCGACAUCGAUGCACCGAUGCUCUGUGCACCCGGCACCCUCCCGCCCGGCAACGCACACCCCGCAAUCUGACACCCCAGCCGAGUCGAUCCAGAAGACGCGCCGACGAGCGUGUCACCGGUCUGACGCGCGCCAAGCCCGGGCCCGCCCAGCGAGGCAGAGCGAUGUCCCGCUGCGACCGCUCCCAGCCGCUCCCUCCCCCCCUCUCCCUCUUCGACGACGUCAGCGCCCCGAUUCCCGCCAGGCGCGCGCCAAGCCUGCUUCCACAGCCCACGUCGCUCCAAAACCCCAGACAGGCGGCAGUCGCCAUCCGCCGAAAUCCGCCAGAUUGGGCGCAAGAGACACUGCUCCAGUGUCUGCGACUUUAGCGAUAUCUCUCCAUGGCGCUAUCGCUCGCUCCAGCCAGUUCAUCGAUUGCCAUCCCGAU